AUGACAGGAUCACAGGUUUGGAAACAAGGGGAUCCUCUUACCCCUAGGCCAAGUUUUGAACAGAGAGAAAAAUGGAGGGCCGAACGAGCGUGCUUGGAGUGUGGAGGCCCGGGACACUAUGUGAAGGAUUGUCCUUUAGUAGCGGCUAAGGUAGCUCAAGGAAAGAUGAAUCCUCCGGAGAUGUGGAAGAGCUCAAGGAAUAGGGAAACAGGAGGGAAUGCAGUAGCGGUGGGGGAGCCGAGGCAGAUGAAUGCGGUAGCAGGAGAGGAUGUGGAUGGGGGAAAAGGCCUGGACCCGAAAGAGCUGACAGUAGCAGAACCAUGUGUAUACGAAGACGGACAUUUCAUCAUGAUACCCAUCACUAAUGCGAGACAACCGAAAACAAAAAUCAACGUCAAAGGGGCCCAGAUGGUCGCCUUAUGGGAUUCAGGAGCGACUAGUUCAUAUAUAAACCCAAAAACAGUGGAGGAGUUAGGAUUGGAAGUUAUAAGAUACCCAGAGGAAGUACCUGUACGUAUGUUCGAUGGUUCAGAAAGUAUCGGUGGCCCCAUCACGAAAUUUGUUGAAACAGGGAUCCGUGUGUCAGUUGAGGACGAAGUUCGUAUGAUUCGGUUGGAUGUCACGAAGUUGUGCGACGCAGAUGUGGUGAUAGGAUGGUAA